CUCCGGAUUCCUGGUCUGUGGCUGGUUGAAAAAAAAAUGAAAGGAAACAAACUUGUUUAUUUUUGCUUUGCAAUUUGCUUAGAAAAUGAAACUGAAAACUCUCUAAAAAUCUUGAAAUAUUAAAAUAACUAAGUAUAUUUAACUAGUAAGUAUGUAACAAAAUGAAAAUCUUCCAAAAACCAACGCAAAGUACUUUUACAUUGCAUAGUUAAAACUUUUGAAGAAAUAAAAGUUCUCAUUAUGACAUGAUUUUCUGCAAAUACUAAGUACCUAGGUACUAGGUACAAAGUUUUGUUAGAUUGAAACACAUUCCUAUUAUCUUUCUGCAAAAAUGUCGGAUCCAGAUUACAUCUGUGACUUCUGCAGCCGUUCGUUCACGAGGAAGUACAACCUUCGCACUCACAUAGAGAACUGUCAUCUAAACAUGUCAUGCCACUGCGCAAUCUGCGAUGUGGGAUUUGGGAGCCCUACUGGUUUAGCCCUCCACUUAAGCCGUGGCCACAACAGCUUCAAUCAAGGAUUCCCACAAUGCGAUCUGUGUGGAAGAGUCUUUACAAGACGACAGAACAUUAUCAAUCAUAUGAUCAACGUACAUUUGCAAACAAACCCACUAUUUUCCUGCCACUUGUGUGAUAAGACCUUUACUACAGAACGCAAUAUGAAACGACAUUUGAAUAUACUACAUAAUCCAGCCAUAGCAUGCCUAAGAUGCAAUUAUUGUCUAAGAACUUUCAGAGAAAGGGACGGCUUAAUAGCACACCUACAAUCUCAUGAGAGAAUGUUAACAGGACUAAUAAAGUGUCAGCUGUGUAAUAAAGUUUACACGAACAAUAAAAAUCUGAAACGGCAUAUGGAAAUGAGUCAUGGUGAAAAGGGCAUUUUCAAAUGCGACAUUUGUCCUAAAGAGUACACGUCGAAUCAAAGUCUAAGACGACACACGAAAUCUGUACAUCUUAAUGGAAACAAUGAAGAGUAUACAUGUGAAUAUUGCUAUAAAGUUAUAAACAGCAAGAAUCUUGAUAAUCAUAACGCUUUUUGUCACAAACGAUUCGUUUUCAGCACAUUUGAAUCUACAAAACAUUAUUCAUGUGAAAUCUGUGAUAUGCAAUACAAUAAAGAGCGCUUGCUGAGGCAGCAUAUCAAAACUACCCACAGUUUUCAAGAUUUUUACGAAUAUUGCAAGAAAUCUUUAUUAAAAUCGACGGAGAGACUGGAGAAAAAUAAAAAGAUGAAAGAGAAUUGUCCAAUAUACUCUUGUGAGUAUUGUAUUCAAGCAUAUCCAACGGUUUACGAACUGAAAUACCACAUGAGGUAUUCACAUGACAGGGAGUACAGUUUGGCGACUUGUAACGUGUGCUUCCAAAAGUUUUUCAGUAAGGAAACUAUUAAAGAACACAGAAAAACAUGUGUUCCACCGAAAAACGUUAACACAUGCAGCCAUUGUGAUAAAUUAUUCACAGACGUUUCAAGUCUGGAGUUCCAUACAAGAAUCUUCCAUCCCCAAGCACAAAUCGCGGAUUCAAUAACAUCCCCCUCGGAAGACGUGAAAGAAUCUUGUCACAAAUGCGUAAUUUGCAACAGAAUUUACUACAGCGAGAGAUCUCUCAAACACCAUUUGAAAUUAAAACACACCACAGAUGAUCCUGUGAAGUGUGAAUUGUGUGAGAAAAUUUGCAACAACAAAUACUAUUUGGCGUCACAUUUAAAAGUGGUUCACAAUAACAAAUCUAGUUCCAAAUGUGACUACUGCGACAAAGAAUUUAAAUCGAAAAGGAACAUACGGAGACAUAUAGAAUACACACAUUUGGGAAUGCAGAGGUACAAGUGCAUUGAAUGUGAAACUCUUUUCAAAGAAAAGCGUAGUUUAAGAAAACACGUUAGAGUCAAGCAUCCGAAUUCAACAGCGUUCCCUCAAUGCCAUAUUUGUGAAAAACGUUUCGAAUCUGCAAAAUCUUGUAAAACACAUCUAAAACUACUCCAUUCCUUCAAUAUGAACACACAUCCAUGUGAUCUUUGCUCGGUUUCAUUCGACUCUUUAGAUUCUUUGAACAUACAUUUAUCAACAAAACACUUGGCCGAAGAUGAAAUUUAUAAAUGUCAAGAUUGCAACCUAGUGUUUAAAGGACAGGAACAAUUUGGUAGACACUUUGAAACGUUUCAUUCGAAUCUACCCUCAGUUAAAAAAAGUUUGCCGCGUUGUAUCAUUUGCAUGAAAGAUUUUAGUACACGCAAAACUCUUAAGCGACAUAUUAAGAAGUUUCAUAAUGAUUUUAAUGUUGAUGAGUUGGCCACUUAUGGGUCCAAAAAGCGUGUAUUCAACGUCGACUGUGACGAAUGCAUUAAGAAUUUCAAUGACGACUUUUACUUUGGGAUUUAUUUAAAGUUAAAGCAUUUACGGGAGUCUAUAAUAUUUAAGUGCGAAACGUGUAAAUGUUCCUACAAUGCUUUGGAAUUCGCUAUACAAAGAUAUAAGUUAAAUUUCGAUGCAUCACAAACUAAGUUGUAUCUAAGCGAAUUGUGCACUACAGAGAUGAGUGAUGAUUCAAAAGUUGAUUCAUUAGAAGCAAUGGAACCUGAAAGCACUACGACUGAUAUCAAAGUAGAAACUGUUGAAAUAUCAGAUGAAAGUAUGGAUGUUAAAGUCGAAGAAGAUGAUAUUAAGAUGUUUGAUGAAUUCGCUUCGAGAUACGGUCAUAAAAUUGGGGCUUUGUCUCCAUAAUAAUAUACUUCUUAACCCCCAACCCAAAAAAAGCGGUGUUAUAAGUUAGACGUGUUUAUCUGUGUAUCUGUCUGUGGAGUGUGGCAUCGUAGCUCCUAAACUAAUG